GCUUUCAAAUUAAGAAAAUGGUUAUUCUACUGGUUAUGACAGGACCGUCGGAGGCUCGAAGAUGCGAUUGUGAACCGCUGAAGACGAGCAUGCCGUCGUCGCUCAAUAGUUCUUGGCGUUUCUGUCGGCGAUGGGGAAGAUCGAAGGAUUUAGGGAGAGGAGACGAGAAGGGGUCUGGAGUGCGUUAUAGCGGAAGUGGGUUAGGACUACAUUUCUGAAAGAUUGAAUUUGGGUCUGAGGUCCUGAGAUAUAAUUCAAUCCUAUACACUUUUUCGCCAAACACAAAUUUGAAACUUUGUUUAGUUCUUGUCUUAGUGACUGUCUCAAUCUCUCUCACAAACAAAAGCUGCCUAAGGGAUUCAGCACCGUUUUGGAGGACUAGUUUUUACUCUUACUCGAUGCACCGUUUAUCAUUCACUGAACUGUGCAUGACAGCAAUCUGACCCGACGGCACUGUCAGCAAUUAAUUACCAGUAGUUGGAUCGUCAACCUGUUCUCAUUAUUCCACACUCACCCAAACCACUUAUGGAGACCGGGAACCCCAUCUCGAUAUACAGGCACAACGCUGACCAGCCGCCACAGGAGGGGGCGGCAGCUGUAGGCAAAAUUCGGUGUUGCCGCUACCGGCGUCGAUAUCAAGCUCCUUCAUCGAGGCAGCGAUCGAGUGUGGGAUUCCCCAUGCUGUACUUCUGGUUUAAAUAAUCAAAUCUGUCCAGCGUAUGACUUCUCUCUUCUUUCCACAAGUCCAAAUUGCAUUCUCUUUUUUAUAUUCAUUCUAGUUUGACUAAAUGUUUAAAUUAAUCUCAGUUGUUUUGGCCACAACUACAUGACGCAUGCUCAUCCAGGUAUGAAAUAAUAAGCUAGCAUGCAUGACUUUCUGUAUUUUAUAUUAGGGUAGUUCUACUAGGUGGUACAAGUCAACUAGCAAGUCAAUGACUUGCAUGCUGUGCAUAUUUUGAUUCUAGCAUUCAACAAGAAGAUAACUAAAUCAUAGAGAGGAGGAGGAAUGAGGUCAUGGAUGUUCAAUUUUGAUCUUGUUCUGAUCUUUCUCAUGUCAUUCCAGUUCCAUGUAUCCAUUGAAUCUGAUAGCAUCUUUCCAGGGCAGAAACUUUCAGGAAAUCAAACUCUAGUUUCCUAUGGACAAAUAUUUGAAAUGGGUUUCUUCUCACCGUCAGGUUCAGGUAACAACUCUCGCAAUUAUUACCUAGGGAUAUGGUACAAAGGGUUACCAACGCCACAAAGAACAGUGGUGUGGGUAGCCAACAGGGAUCAUCCUGUAUCUGAUCCAUACUCUUCUUGGUUAGAACUUGACAAGCAUGGCAAUCUCUCUCUCUAUACUUCCACCGGUCAUGCAGUUUGGUCAACCAACUCUUCCUUUAGUUUGGGUCCCUUGGAUUCGAUAGCUGCUAAUCUUCGGGAAGAUGGAAAUUUUAUUAUAAGCAGGUCAGUCGAUGACUACAGUUGGCAAAGCUUUGAUUACCCAACUGAUACCUUGCUGCCUAAUGCGUAUUUGGAAUAUGAUAAUGACAGAGGUAUUAAAAGGGUUCUGAAAUCUUGGCUAGCUACAAGUAAUCCAUCAACUGGCAACUUCUCUGCUGAGGUAACUACAGUUUCUGUGGAUUUAGCUGAGGUUCAAUUGUUGCAAAAUGAUGGUUUUACUGAGUCUAAAUUCUGCAUAAAUCGGUUUCAUGAAACCAUAGAUUACGUGUAUGAUUUUGAAUUUCACUUUAUAAUAUACGCAGACAUUUACUCGUAUGUUUUGUUUUCAUAUGGCAACUCAUACAAUCUUGCAAGAUAUGUGUUAGAUGUAUCUGGAAAGCUCAAACUUUUAGGGUGGUCAAACGAAUGGGUUACCGUCAACAUGGACCACAAAAAAUGUGACUUUCUCGGUCAUAAUGAGGAUACAGGAGUGAAUGGCAAACAUAGUGGAAGGAAGAAUGCUACUUGGGUGGUUGUGGAGGUGGUGAUUGGGCUUACUACUGUGAUUGUUGCUAUUGCCAUUUUGCUGAUAAGGCUAUGGAAGAGAGGCACCACCACUUCAUCUAAGGUAAUGGGAGGAGAUACAUUGAAGCAGUACAACUACAGAGAUUUGAGAAAAGCAACUAGAAACUUCACAAUUAAGCUUGGAAACGGUGGUUUCAGCACUGUUUACAAAGGGGAAUUCCCUGAUUCAACUUUCGUAGCUGUCAAGGAACUUCGAGGACACUUUCAAGAAGAAAAACAGCUUCGAGCAGAACUCAAUACGGUAGGGCUGAUCCAGCACAAAAAUCUUGUUCGCUUACUUGGAUUCUGCUUACAAGGUUCCCAGAGAUUCAUAAUUUAUGAUUACAUGCCAAAUGGUUCUCUAGAAUCUCACUUGUUCCAGAGUGAUUCUAAUGUCUUAGAUUGGCGAACUAGAUACAAUAUUAUUCUUGCGACUGCCAAAGGUUUAGCUUACUUACACGAGCAUUGUAGAGACUGCAUCAUUCAUUGCGACAUCAAGCCGGAAAACAUUUUGUUGGAUGCUGAAUUUAAUCCUCAAGUCGCGGAUUUUGGCUUGGCAAAGCUUCUAGGCCGAGACUUCAGCCGGGUUCUUACCACCAUGAGAGGAACAAGAGGCUAUCUAGCACCAGAGUGGUUCUCUGGUGUCCCAGUCACUGCAAAAGUUGAUGUGUAUAGCUACGGCCAGGUCCUUCUUGAGAUCAUUUCAGGUAGAAGGAAUAUGGAUCUAGUAAAUGACGAUCUAGCUAGUUAUUUCCCGGCAAUUGUUUUCAAUGCAUUGAACAAUGGGGAGGAUGUUCUGCCUUUAGUAGAUUCCAAACUACAAGGCAAAUUCAGCGCAGAAGAGGUAAAUAGAGCAUGCAAGGUUGGUUGUUGGUGCAUUCAAGAUGAUGAGAAUGAUAGACCAACAAUGAAAGAGGUUGUUCAAGCUUUGGAAGGAAAUCUUGAUGUAGAUAUUCCUCCUAUUCCCCAGUUUUUCCUGUCCUUAGCAGAACCUUCUGUCCAAAAAGGUGAUCUGAAGGAAAGCAAGGAUUAUAGUACAUCGAGCACACUACCUUCAAGUUUCAGCUUUCAAGCACCAGUUCACGCAGUUCAGGAUGAACCUUGAUAUCAUAUCAGUGAGUUUGCUGCUCCUGCUACUAUUCGUGACACGGUGAAAGGCAUAACUUUGUUCAGCAGCCAGCUUUAUUAAUGGCUAGAAACACUCAUUAAAGUUCCAUUUAUUUCCUUCAAGAUCGAAGCAUCCAGAAUGCUGAAAUAAAUUAGUCACGAAGUAUUUCUGGUGCUUCCAUUGAUUUAUGCAAAAUAUUAUUUUGGUGAAUUGGUGAUAAGAACUCAAUUGAUCUUCUUUACAAUUUAUGUAUGGUAGAAUGGACUUAUCAAAACAAGAAUGGAUUCAAUUACCUAGUGUUUCUACAUAUAAGUAAACAUUAAAAAUCUUUUUUUAAGUAAACUUGAUUUCCACCUACUGGUGAUCAA